AUGUCUUCGAUUUCAGCACCGGUUGACUCGUCAGAAUUACAGAUCUCGCAGACACAUAUUGCGUCUUCGAAAGUCAGCCAAGAGACUUUGCAAGCGUCUGUCGUCGUCAAACCCACCGAAACCCGGCCUGUUCGCGGUCUGCGAUUUUGGUUUGUGUUCGUCGCUCUUUGCUGCUCUAUGCUUUUGUCCUCUCUUGAUCUAGGUGGCGUCGCCACAGCUGCACCUACAAUUGUGGAUGAUCUCAACGGGUCGGAUUUUACGUGGGUUGGAUCAGCCUACUCACUCGCUUGCGCCGCAUGCCUGCCCUUCAAUGGGAACCUGGCCCAAGUUUUUGGAAGAAGACCGGUGCUUCUGGUGGCAUUGACCGUUUUUGCUGUCGGCUCCGCCGUCUCUGCUGCUGCUCCUUCCAUGUCCGUUUUGAUUGGUGGGAGAGCUAUACAAGGUGUUGGCGGUGGUGGAAUCCAGUCAUUGACACAAAUUGUUGUGUCAGACUUGAUUCCCUUACGCGACCGCGGUAUUUUCAACGGUAUCAUCGGGCUCAUAUGGACUUUUGGGUCUCUUGCAGGACCUUUCAUCGCCGGAAGUCUUGCUGAGAAGGUCACAUGGCGGUGGAUUUUCUACAUAAAUCUUCCCCUGUGUGCGGUCGCGUUCGUGAUUGUAGCUCUGGCGCUCGAUCUGCCGACGCCUCGAGAGAAGUUUUGGCUCAAGUUCUCGAAGAUUGAUUGGAUUGGAAAUUUCCUCAUCGUAUCGUCAACUGCCUCCUGUCUCAUUGCACUCGCUUGGGCAGGAGUCCAAUACUCCUGGUCGUCCCCUCAAGUCCUUGUGCCACUCAUAGUCGGCGUCGUCGGCUUUAUCUUGGCCAUUCUGUACGAACUCAAAUGGUGUGCAAACCCGACGAUCCCCAAAGUAGUGGUUACGAAUCGCACAAGUCUCAUAGGAUUUAUAGCCACCUUUUUGCAUGGUGUCGUCAUUAUUAGUGCAGGCUGUAAGCCAACGUGGUUCCAAUCUGUGCGCGUCGCGAGCCCUAUCAUGUCCGGUCUCGAUUUCUUUCCCAUAUCGGGAACAAUGUCCAUCUCUGCGAUCGUGCAGGGACUUUUAGUUGCAAAGACUGGACGCUAUCGCGUCGUGAAUUCUAUAGGAUGGAGCUUCGCUGUUCUCGGUAUGGGCCUACUGAUCUCGCUCCAGGUCAGGACGAACAUCGGGAUCAUAAUUGUGUAUGAGCUCAUUUUGGGUGUCGGCCUCGGGUGGUUGUACUCUACUACGUACCUGGUCCUUGCACCCAUCCCUGUCGCGAAUAAUGCGGCGGCGGUCUCCCUUCUGGCCUUUUGUCGAACCUUUUCCCAAGCAUGGGGAAUCGCGAUCGCUGGUACCAUACUACAAAACGACUUGCGCCGCAGAUUGCCUGAGAGCGUCACUUCGUCGUAUUCCUCCCGGACCAGUCUCGUUUACAAGAUCAUAUCAACGAUUUCAUCCAUGUCCGAGCCUACCAAAGGUGAAGUCCGACAGGCGUUCCUGGAGAGCAUGCGUACCGUCUGGAUCGUCAUGGCAGCUCUCGCUGGCGUCGGGUUUCUGACGUUCUUCGGGACGAAGGAUCUGCCGUUGCAUACCAAGACCGAUAAGAAAUGGGAUAUGCAACAGACGAAAGAUAAAACUGCGAAGAAUAACGUGAGUCGCUCUUCGUUCCGACACUUCGGGUCGGGCUCAUCGUUUCGAAACUCAAUAAAUGCACAUGUAACAGAUCGAACCCGAGGCAGAAGAGAAAGUGUGAGGAUUGAGCCGCCGUCUCCGGCUCUUCGGUUCUGUUAUCAGUGUUGGUAA